AUGCCUCCACCACCCCCCCGGAAACCCGACCCGAAGGCCUCAGGCGCCGCUUCAAAGGAAGAGAACAUCUACAUCCCCUCUUUCAUCAGUAAAAGGCCGUUCUACGCCGGCGAAGAAGGCGACCAGACCGAUUAUCUCGAGCAUCAGCGUCUCCAAAACAAGAAAAAUGAUCAGUCAAAAUGGUACGAUCGUGGCAGGAAGGCUGGUCCGGCUGCGACCAAGUACCGCAAGGGCGCUUGCGAGAACUGCGGCGCCAUGACACACAAAGCCAAAGACUGCCUCAGCAGACCGCGCGCGAAAGGCGCAAAGUGGACUGGCAAGGAUAUCCAAGCAGAUGAAGUCAUUCAAGACGUCAACCUCGGCUGGGACGCCAAGCGAGACCGCUGGAACGGAUAUGACCCCAAGGAGUACCGGAAUGUCGUGGAAGAAUUCAACGAGAUGGAGGCGCUGAGAAAGAAGGCACUCAAGAAGGGCGACGCUGAGGACGAAGAUGACGGCGACAAGUACGCAGAAGAGAACGAUAUGAGCAAGCACCAGAGUACUGCUACGCGCCAGCUCAGAAUACGAGAGGACACCGCCAAGUAUCUCGUCAACUUGGACCUGGAUUCGGCUAAAUACGACCCGAAGACGCGAUCCUUGGUGGACGGAGGUGCGACUGCGGACAAAGCGGCAAAUCUCUUCGCGGAGGAGGGCUUCAUGCGCGGCUCGGGCGAUGCCAACGAGUUUGAAAAGGCUCAAAAGUAUGCCUGGGAAGCGCAGGAGAAGAGUGGUGACACCACGCAGCAUUUGCAAGCGAACCCUACCGCCGGAGAGUUUUAUCGCAAAAAAGAGAAGGAGGAGGCAGAGAAGAAGCGCGCGGAGAGGGAGAAGAAGCUCAAGGACAUGUACGGCGACACUUCGCAGUACACGAUGCCUGAAGAGAUGAAGAACCUCAUCACUGAGUCGGAGCAGUACGUUGAGUAUGACGAGAGCGGCCUCAUCAAGGGUGCGCCGAAGGUUAUCGCGAAGUCCAAGUACCCCGAGGACGUCUACAUCCACAACCACACCUCCAUCUGGGGAAGUUGGUGGUCUAACUUUCAAUGGGGUUACGCUUGUUGUCACUCGGUAGUCAAGAACAGCUAUUGCACGGGCGAGGAAGGCAAACAGGCAUGGGAAGCUUCGGAACGCCAGCGAACUGGCCUUGCCUUGGCUGCUCAGGAGGAGGCUCCUGAGGCUCCCAAGGAGGAAGAGAAGCAGGAGAUCCCUCCUGAGAAGGUGGCAAAGAAGCGAACGGUGGAGGAGAUGAUGGGAGGUGUAUCAGAAGCCGAGAUGGAAGAGUACAGGAGAAAACGGACGGCAGCAAACGAUCCGAUGGCAAAGUUCCUGGGCAAGGAUGAAUUGGUUUAG